CUGGCACAAUUCACCAUAGCUGUCAGUCAGCUGGAGAAAUUCAAUGUGGUUCCCAAGUACCACCAUAGCUUCAGCCACAUUAUCCUAUUCGAAUAGUUUUUUAUUCUCCUAAAAAUGGAUAAAAUGAUACGAUUGUUCUGUCGGCAUGCACAGCUGCAGCAAGGAUUCCGCGCAAGGUUCCACGCUCAAACAUGUGCGCUCGCACAGAUCCCGCACGCAUCUGCGAAACCGUCUCCGGAGCAGUCAACGCCAGAGAUUGCCAGAAGGAAUCUCUCCAAAAUCCUCAUUGCCAAUCGAGGCGAAAUCGCCUGUCGUAUCAUACGAACAGCCCGAAAGAUGGGCAUCGACACGGUGGCGGUUUACAGCGAUCCGGAUCGUGCGUCCUUACAUGUUGACAUGGCGGAUGAAGCGUACCGCAUCGGUCCAGCAUCAACCAACGAAAGUUACCUGAACGCCAAGCGCAUCAUCGACGCAGCUCUAAACAGCGGCGCUCAAGCCAUCCAUCCGGGCUACGGAUUUCUCAGUCAGAGUCCGGAAUUCGCUCAGCUCUGUGCUGAUAAUGAUAUCGUCUUCAUUGGACCUUCGCCGCGCUCCAUUCGCGACAUGGGCAUUAAAAGCACUUCCAAAACUUUGAUGGAGGCAGCCGGCGUCCCGGUGAUACAGGGAUACCAUGGUGAUGAUCAGAAUGUGGAGAGACUGCGAGCGGAAGCGAAAAAGAUCGGGUUUCCGGUUAUGAUCAAGGCCUUCCGUGGCGGCGGUGGCAAGGGAAUGCGAGUAGCCAUGCAUGAAGGGGAGUUUGAUCAGCAGCUGGAAUCAGCCAAACGGGAAUCCAUCAAAUCGUUUGGAGAUGAUGCUAUGCUGGUGGAAAAAUAUGUCCAGCGGCCAAGGCAUGUGGAAGUCCAGGUCUUCGGUGAUCACUACGGGAACUGUGUAUACCUCUUCGAGCGCGACUGCUCCGUCCAGCGACGCCAUCAGAAAAUCAUCGAAGAAGCACCGGCUCCGGGCAUCAGCUGGGAAACGCGUAAAUCUAUCGGCGAAGCCGCCGUACGUGCUGCUAAAGCCGUGGAUUACGUGGGCGCCGGAACCGUGGAAUUUAUCCUGGAUUCCAAACAACAUGCGUUUUAUUUCAUGGAAAUGAACACCCGCCUGCAGGUGGAGCAUCCCGUUACGGAAAUGAUCACCGGCACUGAUCUCGUGGCCUGGCAGCUGAAAGUGGCAGCGGGAGAGCCGUUACCGAUGCAGCAGAAGGAUCUGCGCAUUAACGGGCACUCCUUUGAAGCGCGCGUGUAUGCGGAGAAUCCCGAGGAUAAUUUUAUGCCCGGCGCUGGCCCGCUGACGCAUUUGAGUGUCGAUUUUGAUCCAGCGCAGUUUGGCGGCACCGUCAGGGUGGAGAGUGGAGUACGACAAGGCGACGAGGUCUCGGUACAUUAUGAUCCUAUGAUUGCCAAACUAGUUGUCUGGGGAGAAGAUCGAGCGACCGCCUUGCAGAAACUUAGAAAUUUGCUCAACGGAUACCAUAUUUCCGGUUUGCCGACGAAUAUCAACUUCCUUGCGCGUUUAUGCGACAAUCCGUCCUUUCAAGCAGCGGAAGUCCACACCGACUUCAUAAAAGAGCAUUUUAAAGAACUAUUCCCCGAUGCAUCGUCAGCGGACCCCACUUCUCUAGCAGAAGCAGCCCUGGGUGUUUUGUUAUCCUCCUCGGCCGCAUCGCGUGCCCCCGUGGAUUUGUUCUCCGAUCCCUUUGAUGUUGAGAAGAACUGGAGGAUGAACCAUGCACCGACACGGAAUGUCCGACUACGUGCGGGAGGCAAAGAUUAUGACGUACAGGUGGUGUCGGGUGCCGGUGGGAAGUAUGUGUUAAAGUGUCUUGGGAAGGAGAUGGUGGUGGAGGGGCAGGGUGCGGAGAAGGAUGGGGCCUGGGAGAUUAAAGCGCUGGUGGACGGACGGGGCAGUCGAUUUAAGUUGGUCUCCAGUGAUGGACAAAUACAGUUGUUCCGAAAGAACGGAAGCACGACAUAUGAUCUGCCUGCACACAAAUACGAAUCUCUCCUGUCGCAUGGUCAAGGCGGUGCCGGCGAAGCCAUAGCGCCGAUGCCGGGCGUCGUGGAAAAGAUCCUGGUUCAGCCCGGUCAGAAUGUCAGUGCCGGUGAUCCGCUGAUUGUCAUGAUUGCUAUGAAGAUGGAGUAUGUAAUCAAGGCUCCCAAGGCCGGAGUGAUCAAGAAGGUGGCCUAUAAGCCCGGAGAUAAUGUCAAGAAAGGCGAUCAGCUAGUGUACUACGAGGAAUCGGAAACCGGAACGGACAAGGGAAAAAAUUCUCAAAAUAAUUAGUGCUGGACCGCUGGUUAUUGGUUUCGUUGAAAACUGUAUCAAGAGUUUUAUUGACUUCCGGUCUGUUUGAAAAUUUUACUCUUUUAUUGUUACCAAAUAUGGUUAUUGCUGGAUGCUUGCUGCUUACGGCUAUUUGGUCGUUGUUGAUAUGCAUUGGAUCACUAAGCAUUUACGAGUAAAGAAAGUUGUUUGCGUACAUGA